AUUCAAGCCCUUUCUAGGCAACAAGGCAGACAAUUCGGGCAGUUUGCAGAAGACCAGCAGCAUGAAGUGGUUACUAGUACUUUUAGGCCUUCUCUUUGUCACAGGUCCCAUGGUAUCCGCCUGGGGAGAUGUUGAUAGCGAUGGAGACGGUAUAAGCGAUGCCGAUGAUGAUGAUGAUGAUAAUGACGGACUCCUGGACAAUGAAGAUGAUGAUGAUGAUGGUGAUGGUAUCCCUGAUGACGAGGAGGAUUACGAUAAUGAUGGUGUAAAGAACGAAGAUGAUGAAGAUGAUGAUGGUGACGGUAUUCUUGACGGAGAUGAAGAUGAUGAUGGAGAUGGUCUGGAGAAUGAUGAAGAUCCUGAUGAUGAUGGAGACGGUAUCCUAGAUGAGAACGACGAAUUGUAAACAGUAUUGCAGUACACAACAUUGUUUUGUAUUCAUUGUUUGUUUGUUUAUUUAUGAUUUAAUUAAAAUUAACCCUCAUGGGGAAAAAAUGGUGGAAGCUUGUAAUAAAGCAAAAAUUCAAAUAAAUUCGUUUUUCUAAAAUUU